ACAGAACCGUUGGGUUCUAUGUUACAGAGCUGUUGGGUUCUAUGUUACAGUACCAUUGGGUUUUAUAUUACAGAACUGUUGGGUUCUGUGUUACAGAACCGUUGGGUUCUAUGUUACAGAACCCUUGGGUCCUAUGUUACAGAAUUGUUGGGUUCUAAAGUACAGAACCGUUGGGUUCUAUGUUACAGAACCGUUGGGUUCUAUGUUACAGAGCUGUUGGGUUCUAUGUUACAGAACCAUUGGGUUUUAUAUUACAGAACUGUUGGGUUCUAUGUUACAGUACCAUUGGGUUUUAUAUUACAGAACUGUUGGGUUCUGUGUUACAGAACCGUUGGGUUCUAUGUUACAGAACCAUUGGGUUCUAUGUUACAGAACUGUUGGGUUCUAUGUUACAGUACCAUUGGGUUUUAUAUUACAGAACUGUUGGGUUCUGUGUUACAGAACCGUUGGGUUCUAUGUUACAGAACCCUUGGGUCCUAUGUUACAGAAUUGUUGGGUUCUAAAGUACAGAACCGUUGGGUUCUAUGUUACAGAACCGUUGGGUUCUAUGUUACAGAGCUGUUGGGUUCUAUGUUACAGAACCAUUGGGUUUUAUAUUACAGAACUGUUGGGUUCUGUGUUACAGAACCGUUGGGUUCUAUGUUACAGAACCAUUGGGUUUUAUAUUACAGAACUGUUGGGUUCUGUGUUACAGAACCGUUGGGUUCUAUGUUACAGAACCAUUGGGUUCUAUGUUACAGAACUGUUGGGUUCUAUGUUACAGAGCCAUUGGGUUCUAUGUUACAGAACUGUUGGUUUCUAAUGUACAGAACCAUUGGGUUCUAUGUUACAGAACUGUUGGGUUCUAUGUUACAGAACUGUUGGGUUCUAUGUUACAGAACAGUUGGGUUCUAUGUCACAGAACAGUUGGGUUCUAUGUUACAGAGCCAUUGGGUUCUAUGUUACAGAACUGUUGGGUUCUAAGGUACAGAACCGUUGGGUUCUAUGUUACAGAACAGUUGGGUUCUAUGUUACAGAACCAUUAGGGUUCUAUGUUGGCUGUAGUUGUUCGUUUGGUUCCUGAUGAAUUCAGAACAAUAGAACUUGAACAGGUCAGCACGUCCCCUCAGCCUCUGGAGGUCCUGACCUCUGACCUCUGACCUCCAGCUGUUUGAUUGACAGCUCUACCUGUCG